AUCUGCUCUACCCCGGCUGCAGGAUGGCGGCGCCGCCGUCGCCAUCUCGCAACGUCUUCGUCUUUUCAAGGGAAGAGGAGAUCGCUGGUUUCUGGCAGCACGGAAAUGUGUCCAAGGGGCGCUUUCGAGAGUGGCUCGAGUACUGCUGGCGCUUUGAACAAGGAGGAAGUCCGGUGGCGUGGAGCCUCGCCGAGCGAUGCGAUCCCGCCAAUUUGCAAGUGCGACGCGUGAUCUGCCCCAGCGCUGACAAAGAAAUGGCUAAAGAAGCGAUGCCCCCCGGCACCUUUGACGUGCUCAGCGACGGCACCUGGCAGCCAGUGGACCACGUCUCGACGUCUCAUGUUUAUCACCGUCGCACUAUCAGCUUAAACUCGUCUUCUCCGUCGAGCUCGAAGAGCAUCACGUUCGCCGAUCGCAUCCGUGCGCGGGACCGAAAGUGUCUCAUUACGGGGCUGACGACGAUCCACAGGAGCUGGACGAGGCUGCACGCCGCCCACAUCUUUGCGAGGGCGCACCUUGAUCGCUGGCGUACACUUGGCUUUGACGAUCUUGUCGAUGACACCGGCCGCCAGCUCGGCGACGCCAAGAUCGACUCCGUCCAGAGUGGCCUCCUCCUACGCGCCGAUCUGCACGCUGCCUUCAAUGCCCACGAGUUUGCAGUCGAUGUCGACAAUGACUACGCCAUUUUCGACUUCACUGCAGCCGGCGGAGAGCAUGGCGGGCGACUCGAUUUGGACCACCUCGAGCCGGGAUCGAGUGAGAGGCCCCUCGACGCACUCCUUCGCGAUCAUUUCUGGCAGGCUGUUCUGGCCAAUGUCAGAGGUGCCCCCGAAGUCCACGACGAGGAGCCAGACGACGAUUGGACGAACCCAGACACGCUACGUAUGGACAACGAUGCGCUGCACAGGACCGAGACGGGCCGCCUCAGGCUCGAGCUCGAGCUAGGCAGCCGACUCAAUCACCUCGUCACCUAGCUUCAUUUGUAGUUUACUGUACAGCAUUUCAUCUGUAGUUUCCCGGUUCAUAGAGACAUCCCUCCCCAUUCUCGGCAUAGUACAACCUUACAUCGAGACUCUGAUAUUGUAGCUCUUUCAUGAAAGAUGGUUGUGUUACAGGAGAUGGAGCGCAACGGCUGCGGUGCUCAUGCCGGCCACUGUAAGGACAGUGGCGAGGGCGGAGGGC